AUGGAUAAGUCAGGGAUGCACUCGGAUAGAAGAUCGAAGGCAUAUGAGUUAGGGGUGGAAGCAUUUUUGAACUUUUCUGUAGAAAAUCUUCUAACUACAACACAUAUCCAUUGUCCAUGUGUUAAAUGUGUUAAUUUGAAAUUGUUUGGGGUUGGAAUUAUAAGGGAUCACUUAUAUUUUAAUAGAGUUGACCAAAGUUAUAAGAAUUGGACAUUUCACAGAGAACCUUGGGAAGCAACUACUAAUGCUAGUAGAAAUGUUGAAGAAGAUGAUGACCAUAGUAGGUACAGUUUUGUGUAUGAAGAAAUAGAGAUGGAUGAUAAUGAUUUUGGUGAUUUUGGAUCCAAUCCUUAUGAGUUUGCCAAUGUGAUUGGGGAUGGAGAUCAACCAUUGUACCCUGGUUGUAGAAAAAUUAUUGAUACUUCAAGGCGAUUUGCUUCCAUAAGGAAAUACAAUACCGGCCUCUAUGAGUAUGAAGAUUCAACUAAUUGUCCUACUUGUGGUAUCUCAAGGUGGAAGGAAGGCAAAGAUUCAAUCUUGAAAGAGGGUGUGCCAGCGAAGGUGAUGUCUCAUCCGGUGGAUUCCCCGUCUUGGAAACUUCUUGAUGAUAAAUGGCCUGAGUUUGGUAAUGAGCCGAGAAACUUGAGAUUGGCUCUUUCAUCUGAUGGAUUCAAUCCCCAUAGUUCUCUAAGUAGCAGAUAUAGUUGCUGGCCAGUUAUCUUAGUUACAUAUAAUCUCCCUCUAUGGCUGUGCAUGAAACGAAAGUUCAUGAUGUUGACCUUAUCGAUUUCCGGUCCAAAACAAUCCGGAAAUGAUAUAGACGUCUACUUGGAGCCUUUGAUUGAUGAUUUAAAAUCUUUUUGGGAUGGGAUUAGAGGAUUAUAUGAUGCACAUAAUGGAGAAUAUUUUACACUCAGAGCUGCAUUAAUGUGGACAAUUAAUGAUUUCCCUACCUAUGGAAACUUAUCUGGUUGUGUUGUUAAAGGAUAUAAAGCUUGUCCAAUAUGCGGCGAUGAUACACCUAGUCACAGACUUCUUGGCCUUAAAUCACAUGAUUGUCAUACCUUAAUGCAACAAUUGCUCCUUGUGGCAAUUCGUUCUGUUUUGGAGAAGCCUGCAAGAUAUAUGAAAGGGCUAAAGGGGUAUGUUCAGAAUCGUACUCGUCGCGAAGGUUGCAUUGCUGAGCGGUAUAUAGCUAAAGAAGCUGUAGAGUUUGGUACCGAGCAUUUAUCUGAUGUUAGUACAGUUGGAGUGCCUUCAAGCCAAAAGAUGGGAGUUUCAAAGCCAUUAUCAGGUUUCACAGUGAGCGUAGUUGAUCGGGACCUGUUGAACCAAACACAUCUAUAUGUCUUGGAGAAUACAGAGGAAGUCCUACCUUAUAUCGAGCAACAUAUGAUCCACAUCAAGACCGCUUAUCCAAAAUUUAGAAAGAGAACAAAGUUCAAAGUGAACUUAAUGAGGAAGACAAUCAUGGCGUAUCAGAAAAUUUAA